AUGUCUCAACUGUUCCCUGAAUUGUAUACAAAGGGAUCCAAGAUAUGGAUCAAACACUCAACAGAUGUUUGGCAAUGCGCUGUCAUUAAAGUGAAUUUCAGUCAAAAGGAAAAAAGUCUUGUCGUAGAGGAUGAAGAAGAACAGGAAAUAACAAUACCGGUGAAAGACUUGUCAUGUCUGCCGCCUCUCCGAAACCCAGACAUACUGAUCGGUGCCAACGAUUUGACGAGUUUGUCAUAUCUUCACGAACCCGCAGAUCUAUGGCGAAGAGACCAUUCAGACGUAUCAUAUUACAACUUAAGGGUCCGAUUUCUGGAGCAGUCGGCGAUAUACACGUGGUGUGGGAUAGUAUUGGUGGCAAUCAAUCCAUUCUGUGAUCUCGAGAUCUAUGGCGAAGAGACCAUUCAGACGUAUCAUAAAUCGCAGGGCGCGGCACAACUCGACCCUCACAUCUAUGCCGUGUCCGAAGACGCCUACUCUAAGCUCGAAAGGGAUGACAGAAAUCAAUCCAUUAUUGUCAGCGGCGAGAGUGGAGCCGGCAAAACUGUUUCGGCAAAGUUUGCGAUGAGAUAUUUUGCAUCCAUUGCGGGCACCGACUCGUCCAAUAUUGAGAAUCGCGUUUUGGCCAGUAAUCCCAUUAUGGAGGCCAUCGGCAAUGCAAAGACCAACAGAAAUGAUAACUCAUCCCGUUUUGGAAAAUAUAUUCAAAUCUUAUUCGAUCGUCAGAGUCGGGCCAUAACGGGUGGAAAUAUGAGGACAUAUUUGCUGGAAAAAUCGCGAGUUUCUCGUCAGAGUGAAGGCGAACGCAAUUUCCAUAUAUUUUAUCAAAUGUGUACUUAUGCCCAACAAAACAAUCUCAAGCAUUUAAAGUUGGAUUCCAACACAGAAUUUGCAUAUUUGGCAUCAAUAGAGCCGACGCCGUACGACGAUAUGGACAGAUUCAUCGAAGCCAUGCAAUGCUUGGGAUUCACGGAAAAGCAACAAAAUCUAAUCUAUAAUGUGGUCGCAGCGAUACUACACGCCGGCAAUAUUGAGUUCACACGUAUUGAUGACGAGAAGUGUUGUCUUUCCGACGAUUCUGAGCCUCAUUUACAGACUUUUUGUUCACUUUUGGGUCUGGACUCUUCGGCUACCAAACACUGGUUGACUCAUCGAUUGUUAAAGACUGGAAUGAGAGAACUCAUUACAACUACUUUGACAGCAGAAUUGGCUCAAUACGGAAGGGAUGCGCUCUUGAAGUUUGUUUACGAGACUAUGUUUUCAUGGAUUGUCGCUCUCAUUAACAAAGCACUCGGUCCAACCAAUACCUCAGUAACCUAUCCGUUCAUCGGUGUUCUUGACAUCUAUGGUUUUGAACAUUUUGAAACCAAUAGCUUUGAACAGUUUUGUAUCAAUUAUGCAAAUGAAGUCCUUCAGCAACAGUUCAAUCAACACGUCUUUAAAUUGGAACAAGAAGAGUAUGUUCGGGAAGGCAUUGAUUGGCAGUUCAUCACAUUUACAGAUAAUCAGCCGGUGAUCGACAUUAUCGAAGCCAAACCUAUUGGCAUAUUAUGUCUACUCGACGAAGAAUGCAAAAUGCCUAAAGGCACAGACGAGACGUGGGGCGCAAAGCUUUACUCCCAAAUAACUCUCGGAGAGGUCUUCCAAAAACCCAAAUUUGGUUCUAGAAAUUCAUUUAUUAUUCAACAUUUUGCUGACACUGUUGUAUACAAUGUCGAGGGUUUUUUGGAGAAGAACAGAGACACGAUAUGGGACGAGCAAAUCGAUCUGUUAAAGCGAUCCACUGUUGUUGACGUACUAUUCAGCGAUAGUUUGUCGGGAGAGCCGACACAGAAAUCCGGUGGAAAAAUCAAAAUAACUCCUCAACAACAGUCACAGAAACAGCAAAAGCAGGCGAAGGCAACGGUUGGCUCACAGUUUCGGGACUCGUUGGCUGCGCUGAUGAAGACAUUGAACGCAACGGAACCGCAUUACGUGCGAUGUAUUAAACCCAACGAUAAUAAGGGUGGCUUUGAGUUCAACAAUAUCCGAGCCGUUCAGCAAUUGCGAGCGUGCGGUGUAUUGGAAACCAUCAGA